CAGCGGCCAUUGCAGGUCGGGGGUCCAUUCACUGUUGACACCUUUGGGGCAAUUUUGCUAAUCUUCUCGCCUUUUCGGUUUGGUGCAAAUUUCCUGGCCGGAUCUGACCUGUUGAAACCGCCAAGGGGUAAUCCGAUGUGACAGGAACAAAACACGCUAAUUAAUCGAGUAGGUGACGAGUGUAUUUGUCCCCAUUUGUCACGUGCGCACUCCCAUUCUCCCCCGCGCUGCCACAAGCGCCUGGGCGUCAGAACAGCGCGGGACACCUCUCAAAGUGGUCUGUGUGCACCGACUGGGCACAGGGCUGUCGUUAGUUGAACAGGUCCACGCUGUCGUGAUUUGUCUGACGCCUGCCUCGGGACAGUGUGAGAGAGGACAUGGCGUGCGGUCGCCGACUGCAUCUGACCAGGGCCGUCACGGUCCUGCUGACGGUACUGGGGACCGCGAUCGUCGUAAAUAUCUCCCCGCUGGGCUCCCGUAAUGACCGUCACCUUUCCCCUGACCCCCGGCCGGGCGACGACCAGACCCUGCCGGCGAGGCUCACGGCGCACAUCAGGGACUUGCAAAACGAACUGGAGAUCAAGAGGAGAGAAAUUGCGGAGUACAAGGAGAGCAUGGACGUGCUGGUCUCCUCACGUAAGCCGGAGGAACCCAAAUUCCGACGGCUCAUGGACGCUAGGCGGGAGAAGCUCUUGUUGCAGGUUGUCAACACGGACGCGCCCGCCGGGGCCAACGGUACGGCCCGACAGGACCCCGGGUACAUCGGCUGCAGAGAACUUGAGCACAUCAAGGUUACCGGACCUGCUGGAUCUGGGUACACCAAAGUUGUACAGAAGGGGGAGUACAACGGCGUGGACGUCGCCAUAAAAUCAGUGGCCAUGUCCGGUCACGACAUGAGGCUUUGUCUGGACACAGGCAUGGACCGUCGGGACUGCUCUGCGCUGGCCAACUACAAAAUCGUCAAGGAAGUUGCCCUUUUACAGGCCCUGGCCCAUCCCAAUAUUAUCAAGUUGCUAGGUUACUGUUUCCAUGGAGGCGAGGACGGCUCUGUCACCUCCAUAAUGGAGUUGGGAGGACCUCUGGACAUCAUCAACCUACUGCAAGCUUCCUGGGAGGACCGCUUCAGGAUAAGUCUUGGCCUGGCUCAACUCUUGGCUCACCUGAACUCCUCUCCCAUCGGCCCUGUCAUCCUCCAUGACUUCAAGCUGCAGCAGUUCGUGCUUGUUGAUGGGGAAGUGAAACUAGCAGACCUGGACGACGCUGACAGUUACGCCCCAAACUGUCACGACGACUCCGACUGCACCUUGGAAUUCCCGGGGACGUCCUUCCAGCUGUCCUGUCGGCAGGGGACAUGUUCGUCAUGGAGCGACAAGAGCAACCUGUACAACGCCUACAGAUACUUUUUUGUGUACCUGCUUCCUUUUGAAGUGCCAGAAGCAUUGAAACCACUUGUGGAUGAGGCCAUGAAUAAGACAGCUACCCUGCAGUGGUCCAGUGAGGAGACUGCUUCCCACAUGGAGAGGAUCCUGGACCUGUAUCAGAGUGGGGCCUACCUACACAGGGAGGGGAAGUCAGACAUUACUAGUUACAAGAAAGUUCCCCAGUCUGAUGUUCCAGGUGUGGGAGACUUCGACUGUCUGAGAUCACUGUCCCGGGGAGCGUGUGCAGUUUCUGUGUUUGAUGCGCAGGAAGCAGCCAGCAUGUGUGACAGCGAUGCUGAAUGUCGGGGCUUUGUCCUUACCAAGAGGAAGACUUGGAUAGGUCGUCCUGUGGCAUACUUCAAGAAUGAUGUGUCCUCUCCAGUGGAAAAUGCAGACACAAUACUGUACACUAAGGUCCUUGCUCCAACAUAAUGAGACUACUUUGAAACUAAAGUCAACACUGCAAUAAUAAACAUCAAAGUUUAUGUUGAACUACACUAAGUGAGACAAAAUGACAAGUUCAAAGCUUAACAAAGUGUAUUUAUUUAUAUGCAAUGUCAUAAGUUAACAAUAUUUUAAUAGUGCAAUAUAUUGUAUCAAUGGAUACAGACUAUUUUUGAUAUUCUAAUUACUGAACCUAUAUCUGGGAAGUAAAUGCAAAGUCUAGGAACUAGUUUUUGAACAGCCAUAUUUUGGUGGUGACAUUCCAAAACAACCAACAUGAAUUAUACCAGUGUAAAUAAACUGUAAAUUUAACAGUAAA